AUGGGUCAGUCACGAAGACCAGCAGGCGGCGAGAAGAAGAGUCGCUUCGGUCGUAACAAGGCCGCCGCGGACGUUGGCGAUGGCCGCCAGACUGGCAAGUCGCAAGUCAAGAAGGCUACCUUCGAGACCUCCAAGAAGAAGGAGAUCGGUGUUUCCGACCUCACAUUACUGAGCAAGAUCUCCAACGAGGCUAUCAAUGACAACCUAAAACUUCGUUUUGAGCACGAUGAGAUUUAUACCUAUAUUGGACAUGUGUUGGUCUCUGUCAAUCCGUUCCGCGACUUAGGAAUCUACACUGAUAAAGUGCUCGACUCCUAUCGCGGCAAGAACCGACUCGAAGUUCCCCCUCACGUCUUCGGCGUCGCCGAAUCCGCAUACUACAAUAUGAAGUCAUACAAGGACAACCAAUGUGUGAUCAUUUCCGGAGAGUCAGGUGCAGGAAAGACAGAAGCCGCCAAGCGCAUCAUGCAGUACAUUGCCAGUGUCUCAGGGGGCAGCGACUCCUCCAUCCAGCAAACCAAGGAUAUGGUUUUGGCUACGAAUCCUCUAUUGGAAUCUUUCGGAAAUGCAAAGACAUUGCGCAACAACAACUCCUCCCGAUUCGGCAAAUACUUGGAGCUGGAAUUCAAUUCUAACGGCGAACCAGUCGGCGCCAAUAUCACAAAUUAUCUUCUAGAGAAGUCCCGAGUGGUGGGCCAAAUCACCAACGAGCGAAAUUUCCACAUUUUCUACCAAUUCACCAAGGGCGCUCCGCAGAAAUACCGCGACAACUUUGGUGUGCAGCAGCCACAGACCUAUCUAUACACAAGCCGCUCCAAGUGCUAUGAUGUGCAGGGGAUUGACGACGUCGCCGAGUUCAAGGAUACGCUUGACGCAAUGCGCAUGAUUGGAAUGACGGAACCCGAGCAAGAUAACGUCUUCCGUAUGCUUGCAGCAAUUCUCUGGAUCGGGAACAUCCAAUUCUCCGAGGAUGAUUCGGGUAACGCAUCCAUCACGGACCAGUCAGUUGUGGACUUCGUGGCCUAUUUGCUCGAGGUCGAUUCCGCCCGGGUGAACAAGGCGUUGACUCUCCGUCUGAUGGAGACUGCUCGUGGCGGUCGCCGAGGAUCUGUGUAUGAGGUUCCGUUGAAUACGGUACAGGCUUCCGCGGUUCGGGAUGCUCUAGCCAAAGCUAUCUAUUUCAAUCUGUUUGAUUGGAUUGUUGGGCGAGUCAAUCAGUCUUUGACUGCUCGGGCAGCCGUGGCCAAUUCGAUUGGUAUUUUGGAUAUUUACGGAUUUGAGAUCUUUGAAAAAAACUCUUUUGAGCAGCUUUGCAUCAACUACGUCAAUGAAAAGCUGCAACAAAUAUUCAUUCAGCUGACGCUCAAGGCAGAGCAAGACGAGUAUGCUCGCGAGCAGAUCAAGUGGACACCCAUCAAGUAUUUCGACAACAAGGUUGUCUGCUCCUUGAUCGAGGACAAGAGACCCCCUGGUGUGUUUGCGGCGUUGAAUGAUGCUUGUGCUACUGCACACGCUGAUUCCGGCGCCGCCGACAAUACUUUUGUCGGAAGGUUGAACUUCCUGGCGCAAAACCCCAAUUUCGAGGCGCGCCAAGGCCAAUUUAUUAUCAAGCACUAUGCUGGAGAUGUCAGCUACGCCGUUGAAGGCAUGACUGACAAGAACAAGGAUCAAUUGUUGAAGGACUUGUUGAACUUGGCCGGUUCGAGCAGCAACCAAUUCGUUCACACGCUCUUCCCCAAUCAGGUCAACCAAGAUGACAAACGACGUCCACCCACCGCCGGUGAUAAGAUCAAGGCCUCCGCCAACGACCUGGUCACCACUUUAAUGAAAGCUCAGCCCUCUUAUAUUCGUACCAUCAAACCCAAUGACAACAAGGCACCGCGGGAGUACAACGAAGGCAAUGUCCUCCAUCAGAUCAAGUAUCUGGGUCUGCAAGAGAACGUGCGCAUUCGUCGUGCUGGCUUCGCUUACCGUCAGACUUUCGACAAGUUCGUCGAACGAUUCUAUCUUCUUUCACCCAAGACCUCGUAUGCCGGUGAUUACACAUGGACGGGCGACUCCGAGUCGGGCGCCAAGCAAAUCCUGCGUGACACUAGUAUCCCGGCCGAAGAAUAUCAGAUGGGUAUCACCAAGGUCUUCAUCAAAACCCCUGAGACGCUCUUUGCUCUGGAGGCUAUGCGCGAUCGGUACUGGCACAAUAUGGCUAUUCGUAUCCAGCGUGCUUGGCGCAAUUACCUCCGUUACCGUAUCGAGUGUGCGACUCGUAUCCAGCGAUUCUGGCGCCGAACAACAGGCGGUCUCGAACUGAUCAAGGUGCGUGAUCAGGGACACCAGAUUUUGCAGGGUCGUAAGGAGCGUCGCAGAAUGAGUUUGCUUGGAUCCCGACGCUUCCUCGGUGACUACCUUGGGAUUGGUAACAAGGGUGGUCCUGGUGAAGUGAUCCGCAAUGGAGCGAACAUUAGCACAUCGGAGGAGGUCCUGUUCUCUUGCCGUGGUGAGCUGCUUGUGUCCAAAUUUGGUCGAUCGAGCAAGCCUGUCCCUCGCAUCAUUGUUUUGCCGUCGCAGACCAAUCGCCAUGUAUACAUUGUCUCCCAGAGUCUGGUCAACAACCAGCUCGUCAUCGCCUCAGAGCGCACAAUUCCUCUCGGUGCUAUCAAAAGCGUUAGCACGUCCAACUUGAAGGACGAUUGGUUCUCACUAGUCAUUGGAGCCCAGGAGCCUGAUCCUCUUCUGAACUGCGUUUUCAAGACGGAGUUCUUCACUCAUCUUUCCACGGCGCUUCGAGGCUCUUUGAACCUCAAAGUUGGCGAGAGCAUCGAAUACAACAAGAAGCCCGGAAAGCUGGCUUAUGUCAAAGCAGUCAAGGACCCAGCAGCGGGUGCGGUUGAUAGCUACAAGAGCAGCACUAUUCAUACUAGCGCUGGAGAGCCACCCAGCUCCGUCUCCAAGCCUACCCCGCGAGCCAAGCAGAUAGCUGCCCGGCCUGUGACCAAGGGAAAGCUGCUUCGACCGGGUGGCCCUGGUGGAGGCCCUUCGAAACUCUCUGCCGCCGCUCGGAAACCUGCACCAGCUGCGCAGCCUUUACCCCAGACGAGUCAGCCCGCAGCGCAACCCCGGAUUGUGCCUCAACCUGUGGCAGCAGUGUCCGCAGCCGCCGCUCAUUCACGUACCACAUCGACUAGCUCAGUCAGAGCGCCCCCUCCCCCACCCCCAUCUGCACCCCCUGCCGCGUCUAGAAAGCCAACUGCCAAGGUGUUGUACGACUUUAGCAGCGAUCGUGACAAUGAGCUGAAUAUUCGGGCUGGUGAAAUUCUGGAGAUUGUGUCCAAGGAAGGGAACGGUACGAUGGUGGCUAUGCAUGAACAAGACCACGUCCGCGCAGGGCUGGACACCCGAAGCCUAUCUCGAGGAGCAAGUUGCGCCCACGCCCAAACCUGCGCCUCCUCCCCCCCACCAGCAGCUCCUCGGGCAGCUCCUAGUCCUGUCUCUAAUGGGCACGGUGCCGUCGCUGCGGCCAAAUUCAAGCCUGCUCCGCCUGCUCCACCUGCGAAACGACCCAAUAUGGCCGGGCGCAAGCCCGCACCUCCAGCUGCUCCACGCGAUAGCGUCCUGAGUAUGAAUUCGGGCGACUCUUCUGGCGCAAGUGGUCGCGGCACCCCAAAUAGCACUUCGAAUGCCAGUCUCGCUGGCGGUCUGGCAGAGGCAUUGCGUGCACGCCAAAGUGCUAUGCAGGGAAAGCACGAUGAUGAUGACGAGUGGUAG